AAAGAAAGGAAGGCUCCGUAGCUUUGCCCCCUGCCAUUGGCUCCGCACGUGCACGUGGCGUUCCUCUCCCGCCUCUGGGCGCACAGCUGGGUAGCCCCACUGCUGCGGGGAGCCAGGCAAGGAAGAGCCGGAGCCACCCCAAAGAGUGCCUGAGAGUAGCAGAGGCGGGCGGCGGGGCAAGCGCCGGAGGAAAGUUUCCUUUCCCCGCUGUGAGUUUUUUCCAGGAGCUGCGCGCGCGGCAGGACGCUUCCCUUGCAGCUACUCCUGCUGCUGCGGUAGCAGCAGCAGCAGCAAGCGGAGGGCGGGGAGCCCGCUUGCCAGUCCAGCGGCCAAGACAGCCGCAAGAGGGAAAAGAGCAGCAGGAUUAUUAAAAGAGCAGCAAGAAGGAAUACCAGCCAUCUUUAUUUCUGAUCUACAAUGAGUGCCAAAUCUGCUAUCCACAAAGAGAUAUUCGCUCCGCAUGAUGAAAGGAUGCUGGGAGCUGUCCAAGUAAAAAGGAGAACGAAGAAAAAGAUUCCUUUCCUAGCAACUGGGGGUCAGGGUGAAUAUUUAACCUACAUCUGCUUGUCAGUGACAAACAAGAAACCUGCACAGGCAUCUAUUACAAAAGUCAAACAGUUUGAAGGUUCUACAUCUUUUGUGCGAAGGUCACAGUGGAUGCUUGAACAGCUUCGUCAGGCUAAUGGUAUAGACGCUCAUCGGGAUUCUCCAGAAUUUGACCUACUAUUUGAAAAUGCUUUUGACCAGUGGGUAGCAAGCACAGCCUCCGAAAAAUGUACAUUCUUUCAAAUUCUCCAUCACACCUGUCAGCGGUACCUUACAGACAAAAAGCCAGAAUUUAUCAAUUGCCAGUCUAAAAUUGUUGGUGGAAACAGCAUACUUCACUCAGCAGCAGACAGUGUUACCAGUGCAGUACAGAAGGCAAGUCAAGCUUUGAAUGAGCGUGGUGAACGGUUAGGUCGAGCAGAAGAAAAGACAGAAGAUAUGAAGAACAGUGCUCAGCAGUUUGCAGAAACUGCACACAAGCUUGCCAUGAAGCACAAGUGUUGAAAAUCCCUAAUGUGGAAAUUUUUCCAAGAAUUGAAAGGCUAGGUUCAUUUUUUUGGGAGAUACAGCUUCAUGUCUGCUUUUUCCUACAAUUUAGUGGAGCCCAGUUAUUUCAGUUACUAUGUAGGAAAUAAGUUGCAUUCCUACCUUUUCUAUUGCUGAGCAAUUCUGCAAUGUUUUUAAACUUUUAUUAUUAUUUAAAAUAAAAAAUGGUGUUAACAUGGAAAUUGGACCAAAGGACAUACUGAACUUCAGUAAUCUGCUGCAACAUCUCAUUAUUUCCAGUAUUUAGCAUGAAGAAAUAAAAUUAGCUAAAAGAGAUAUUACCAAAUGAGAAUAAAAUUCAAGCCAUUUUCAUAACUAUCUCUUGGAACAGUUUUUGGAGAAAAUGGAUCAUGCCUUCUGUCACUCAGUAAGACAAAGUGGUUUAUUCUGAAAAACAGCCUGGCUUCUCAUUUCUGCCAUUUUUAGUAAACACAUUUUGCAUGUGCCAUCACCAGCAUUACGAAGUACACAUCUGAAUUUGAGAUAUCAUCCUGCUGUCAACACUUUGGGUUUUUGUUGUUAACUGUCUGGAUUUAUUAUUUGGAAUAUACAAUAGCACUAGGAAUGCACACUGGAUGUUAAGACCGAAGAAAUGUCCUGUGGUUAGAUCUCUAAAUGCCUUUAAAUUAUUCUGGAAUUUAGCAGUAGAGUGUAAAAUAACUUGCAUGAAUUAUUAGGGCUCUUCCCUUUGUAAAAUUGGGGGUGUGGGGGGUUAAGCUCUUCUAGAUAAGUAUUGUACAAGAAUGAUUCCAGGAUUUUAAUUUAUCAAGAAACAUCCCCACACAUGCUGCAAUUCUAUUCACUGUUGGGGCCAAACUGCACAUUCCAUUAAUUGUUUUAAAGCAGCAUGCUUAAGAACAGCAGGCUCUCUUUUUGAAUACUGUAUAAUGCAGCCACAGAAAUCCAAUUUGGGUCAGAUAUGAGGUGUGCAGGGAGGGGGAAGUUAACCUUUCCCCCUUGUGCUGGUUUCCUGCUAAAAAUCUCCUUCCCCACAAGCUAUUUGCUGCAAAUAGAUGUUUAGGGGUUAUUUUCAGAGGGGUAAUGGAACAAACAGAAAGGGUUACCAGGAUCAGCACCUCUUCCUUGCGUAGCUGCAUUUUGCUUAGAGAGAAUUGGCCAGUCCUAAGCAUGUUACUUAAAACACAUUUUACAUAAAGAAGUCAUUCAAACAGUCAAAACAAUUGUGUUCUAUCCAGGUUUGGGAGCGGUGUGUACUCCCAAAUUUGGUUCUGUGGAAGCGAUUGUGUGGAAGCAAGGUAGGAGGGAAAGCUACCCAGGUUUUUCUCCUACCUUGCUUACUUCCAUACAAUAACUUCUACCCAGGUUUUCCUCCUACUUUGCUUCCACACAACCGAAAAUUGGGAGCACACACAGCUCCCAAACCCAGGUAGAACACAGUUUUUGAUCGUGUGAAUGACCUCAUUGUGUAUCUUGGCUCUGAGGCAUGCUUCUAUCCAAGUCAGGUUGGUACGCACAAUUUUUAUGUACUGUAGUGUGGCAGUUCCUAUUACGGAAGGUCAAGACCAAUGAGCUCAGCCUUAGCUGCUCUUGCAGUCACUGGAUCAUGGUCAAAGUCUUAUGUCUGUCUUUCUCUUCCCUGUCCCUUCUCCACAUUUUGUACAAUAAUAAUGCUCUGUUGCAUACCAAAAAGUCACAGACUAUAAUGAAGUUAUGCCCCCUGAUUUAACAAGGUAGAUGUGUGAACAGAAGCUUUCUGGAUUGGGAACUUCACAAAAAUAAUACCCUUCAUGGAGUUCUGGUGUUGCAUCUGUGCAUCCAGGCUUUUAUGUGACGUUUCCAGUACAUGAAGGAGAUGUGCAUACAUGUUGAGCAUGUGGUUAGUUCUGGAAGCUUUGUAGCAGUAAUAACCUGGUUGAGAAGGGUAGAUCACUUUCUCCCAAAACCUGAAUGGGGGAGCCUUGUUUCAGACACUCUCAUCUAUGUUAAGGGUCCCUUUCCCCAUUUCAGUUAUUGGAAUCAUGGAGCCUAUAUAAUCAGAAUUUAAUGUGCUCUCAUUACAAUCAUAUUAUAGAUGAAACAGCUAACAAUUUUCUAUUAAAGCAGUGCGAGGGAUGAGAAAGCAGGUUUGUAGGUAUUAGGGAGGGUAACUCCCAAGUUUUUUGUUAUAUUCUUCACAGGUGCCAACAAAAACAGAUCAAGUGCUAAAUCAGCAUAGGCAAAAUGUUAACUAGAUUAACUGCACCUUAAAUGUUUAUACCUCACAGUGGGAAUUGUUUAGAACCAUCAGGGUUUGCUUCUGAGCAGCCUUCGGAAGGUAUAGCAGCACAAGCCUCCAAGCCAAACUAGGCUGAUGAAAUGCAAUGUCAUCACUAUUCACCCAAGUUGCAUCUUGAACUGUUGGCAGCUCCUACUUUCAGUCAUAUCUCAGGAACCCAGUAAAUUCAUAACUUGACCCUGUGCAAUUAGAUUUGGGCUGGAAAAUGAAUAUUUUCCUCCUUCAAAAGAAAAAAGAAUGUUCUACAGCUUUCCAAAAGCAAACUUGCACUUUAAAAAAAAAAUCUCUUACUGGUUGCUCUGGGGAUUUGGAUGGAAAAGUGUAGAUAGUACAAGUCACUAAAUGUCCAGCAAGAAAAUGCCAGUUUGACUAAUGUUUGUGGAUAUGGCUUGCAAUGUUGUCAUAGAGUAUUUACGACACUCAAAAGGGCAACCUGUGGAGUCCCUUGCAUGAAGCCAUGCGGGAACAGCUUUUUUAUGGUUCAGUCCAAGGCCUGGGAGCUGUAAGCAAAUGAUACAACUGCAUGGGUCUUUCCAAUGCAAUUGGCACCCUGCUGGCUGCCAUGCACAUAUGGGUGCCUGAUUGACAUACAGCCUCCAACCCUGUGGGAUCGCAUCAUGGAAAAGUAGAUUCCACGUGUCCAUAGCUGCAUGUGAAGGGUGUAUCUGACUGGGGUUAGAUUAAUUAAUAGUGACAUUUUAAUGAAUAUUAGAAUAUGCAGAGUAUACAGUUGGCUGUCUACUAAAUUAUACUGCUAAAUUCCAGGUUUUUUAUGGCUUGGGCUGUUACGAGUCAUUAUUUAAUAUUCUAAAUGCCAUUGUUUAUUUUGCAGACUUUUUAAUGUACAUCAUUACAUUUCAGAUGAAUGAUAAAUAGCCUCUCGUCAAUAUUGGAUUUCUUCAAACUGCCAAACAAGCCCCACUUGAUUUUUGAUGAAUCAAGUGGGUCAAUUACCAACUUGAUUAAUCAGAAAAGUAGGUUUUAAAUUCUAUUUCACUUCUGCUAAUGAGUACGUGUAAGUAACAUGUUUUUUUCUUAGGCUAAUUAGAAGGAAGUGUGCUGACAUCCCAUACUGAAUAUAAACUUUACAGUGUUUAAAAUGUUCCUCCUGGAGCAUAGCUGUAGUAUAAAACUCUAGUAUUAGAUAUUGUGUACAUAAGGAAUACAGUAAUUCAGGUUAUAUGUUUCAUAUUCAAGAAUGUAUUUGUAAAAUGUAACAAGGUCUAUGGUUUCCUAUGGUUUUACCUUUUUAAAGUUCUGCAAAGAAUAAAUAUGUGUUGCUAGACUUAAGACUGUCAUACUGCAAGACUGGUCUUAACAGCCUAGUUAUGUGACUAGCAAAAAAAAGUGCAUUAAUGUGAAAAUAUUAACACUUUCUCUCUAAACAAGUGAUCUUAGCAUUUGUUUUGCUUUAAUAUGCCAAAACUGUAAUAUUUGCUGAUAUUUCUCAAAAAACCCAAAAGUGUAGGGGUGUGGGUGUGUGCGCACGCACAUGCACACACACCCCAUUCUAAAAUAAAUGUGACUUUUUCUGUUGUUUCAUCUUUGCAAACUCUAUUUUUGUCAUUAAACACUGUAACCAUGAUGAAACACUGUUCUUCUAUACUGUAUUGUUUAGUAGGGUUAAGUGUAAUGGGUGUAAAUGCACAUUACAAUUUUUAAAAGAUUUGUUUUAUUCCACCCCUCCCUUUUUGGUCUUAAGCUCUUUUGGAAAGACUGCAACUCGAGUGAACUGUUUCUGAAGCAGAUAUGAACUGAGAGCUCUGGGGACCAUUCACACAACUGCAUUAUGGUAGCUACUGGAACAGUUGCCAUUGCUGACUUCCAGCAACUUCAGUCUUGUGACAAGCCCAUCAAAUACAUCCAAGGUGCUGUUGAUUUGGCUGUUGCCUUGCCUUAGAUCUCUUUUCUGGCAAGAUGUUUUCUGGCUCCCAUAUAAUUGGCUGUGUGGACUAAACCCCAGAACAGGGUAUAUAUUUAUGUACACGUGCUCAUUUAAACCUGCUUGUUUCCAUUAUUCCCACAGGAGUAAUUCACAUGACUCCUAUGUGCAUCACCUACACAUAGAAAAUCACAAAAAUCCUCUGGCUCUUUCUAAUCCUCACACAUGCACAUACACCACACAGCAUAUAUAUAAUAUCCUGCCUAUGUGUGGAUGUCUGUCAUCCCCCCCACCCUGGCCAAAAGGAGGUAUGGAUAGUGUGACAACCUAUUUAUAUAUGGACCUUGUGUCAUAUUAUGCUCUAUAUGGGAGGGGUAUCUGUGCUUUGGUGCACAUAGCCCAUGCAUGCAGGGCCAUGGGUGAACCAGCCUUCCAGUGUGUGCAGUACAUAUACACCAAUGUUUUCCUCUUUAUGAAAACGGCGGUUUGUGGGACAUAAGCUUUUAUUUCUUCUCUCUUCCUGGCAGAAGUGUCUAGUACAAUAUUUGUGUACUAGAGAUUCACAGGGAAUCAGCCAUUCAAAAUGAAGGUAUCAUAGUUCUAUUUACUGUAUAUAGGCUUUAAUGAAAUGACCUACACAAUGUUGGGAACUGUCUUGCAUACAUAUUGUGGCCAAAUGAGAAUGUUUACAAAAAAUGUGGCUCUAAUCUGGGGCCUGGUGUGUGGUCUUUGCUAGAGAAAAUUGAUUGUGGGUGGAAAUAUAUCUGCUCAAGAGACCAGAUCAUCAUAUUUUGCAUUGCAUCGUUUUGAAUUACUUGGUCUUCUAGUCACAUCUGUACUGUAAAUAUUCACAUAUUAAAAGGUACUUAGCAGAGUGUCACUUGCACAUUAUGAAGCUCUGCCAAAUCAAUCCAUCCUCUUGAUGAAUGAAGAUACUAUGGUAAUAAAUGGUCAUGUUGCUCAGCUACAUUGCUGAAUGUUGUGAAUGCAAGUUACAGUUUGUCCCUUGAACAAACAGCUACUCCUGCUCCAUCCAGAUCCAGAAAUAUGUGGACUCUUGGACUGGGACACUGGCCAACUAUAAUAUGGCAAAAUCAGAAUGUGUUGUAUGUAGUAUUUUCUCUUGUGUGUGAGAUCAUUCCUAUAAAACUGUAAAAUUACAAAUUUUGUUUUCAUAAUAAAGAUUUUAAUAAGUAUACAAA